AUGCCACAUCUCAGUAUCUCCGCCAGAAUGCCCUGCCCUGCUCAGCUGACCCGUGCAUGCUCGGUAUGCCAGGGGUCUGUGGCAGCUGUGAAUGUUGCGCUCUCUCUCUCUCUCUCUCUCUCCCUCUCUCUCUCCCUCUCUCUCUCUCAUCCUCCUAACAGACCCUCACUUUGCGCAUGUACGGCUCAUUCUCCACAUUACAUCCACACCAAGAUGGCGUUAAUGCGGCUGGCUUGUCUUCUGGCUCUCCUCUCCAUACAAUGCUAUGUCAGCAUCUUGGCAGUGGUACUGAAAACUGCAAAUUCUUCACCAUGGGCCAAUGAGUUUGAAUCAACUGAACUGUCCUGUCAGAUAGAGUCAAUCUCCACAACCGCUCCCAGGAUUGAAUGGAAGAAGAUUAAGAAUGGGAUAACAAGUUAUGUCUAUUUCGAAAACAAAAUUUCAGGUGACUUGGCGAACAGAGCAAAGAUUCGAGAGCCUGCGACUUUAGUCAUUCUUAAUGCAACAAGAUUAGACACCGCAUCGUACCGCUGUGAAGUCACGGCCCCUGAAGACGUGAGGAACUUUGAUGAGAUUCUUAUAAGCCUCGCCAUCAGGGUAAAGCCAGUGAUUCCUCGGUGCACCGUGCCCACGUCUGUGCCGGUGGGGAAAUCAGCCGAGUUGACAUGUGUGGAGAACGAGGGCUUCCCCAAGUCCCAGUACCAGUGGUUCCGCAACAAAGAGGAGCUCAGGGACCCCAAGAGCAGCACAAAGUUCUCGAACUCAUCCUAUGUGCUGAACAGCGAAACGGGCGUGCUGAAAUUCAGUGCAGUGAGGAAAGAGGACGCCGGUCAGUACUACUGCAAAGCCAAGAAUGAGGCAGGAGUGGCCGAGUGCAACCCACAGAUGAUGGAAGUCUAUGACCUGAAUGUUGUUGGCAUCGUUCUGGGUGUGCUGGUGGUAGUGGUGGUGCUGUUGUUCAUAAUUGUGGGCAUCUGCUGUGCAUACAGGAGAGGUUUUUUUGCUGUCGAGAAGCAGACAGGAAGCAAUUACAAAGCACCAGGAAAGACUGAUGGAGUGGAUUACAUCCGAACAGAUGAUGAGGGUGACUUCAAACACAAAUCAUCGUUUGUCAUCUAAAAUCAAGGGAAGACGAGGAGACACCCUGAAACACAUUGGAGUCAUUAGCGCAAUACCGUGCAGUCAAUGAGGGAAACACACACACACACACACACACACACACACACACACUGAGGAAAAAGACUCUAGCUGUGCCAGGACAUGGUUAACAUCACAGCACAUUUGCUACAACACAAUUCAUAUUUGCCAAAGCGGACAACAAAAAAAGUCUCCUUUUCCACCUCCAAGCAUUAAUCUCCAUAAGACCACUGAAGUUUUUCCUCUUUACUUUUUUUUUGACUGAUUUCUUCACUUUGCCUUCUUUUCAGUCACAGCUUCAGCAGAAUCGCCUAAACAUUUUUGCUUUGAAAUCGCUCGUCGUUUGUAUAACUUUUGUUUUGUACCGGUUAAAUGUCAGAAUAUUUUUUGAUAGAAUAUAUUUUGAAAUGCUUAGAGGUUUACUUUUUUAAAAAAAGAAAUAUUUGUAAAUGACUAACAUGGAAGCCAGUAUGUUUUAUAGACCAAUUUGAUGUUUGAAAGAAAGCUAAUCAUUUUCUGACCAGUCUGUAGUUUUUCCGUAAAUAAAUCAUCUCCAAAUUUCUGACAUCUCUCAACGCUCUUGUUUUGAGUCUGAGAUCAGGGCCAGGUUUAGUGGGGGGUGCUGGGUUGGGCUACUUUAAAAAAUUCUCUUUAUUAUUAAACACAUUACAUUAAAACCUAAUGCAUUAAUACAUUAUCAGGGGACAAACCCUCUGCUGGACUUCCUGUUCUAAUUUCAGAGCCUUGGAUUGUUGUUCAUUUGAACAUGAAGAUGCCCACCUAGACGUUUUAACACCCCCCCCCACCCCCCACCCCAGGCAAAACCCAGUGAUUCAGUAUCAUAUCCAAUGAUGACGUUUUCAGAGGUCUUACCUUACUUAGUUUACUUUUGCAGGCUAAAUUGUUUUAGCGUAAGGUUCCAUGUUAGCUUUUGUAGAUAGUCUUAGACAGAAUAAUUUUUUUUUUAAGCCAGCAGAAAACACUGUAAACAGCCCGAGCUGUGUAUCCUUGAGUUUAAGUGUCCUUUUGUUGAUCAUGUAUAUAGUGUCCAGGUAGUGUUUUCUUUUCUUUUCUUUAUUGGUCUUUUACUUUCUUUUUUUUUUUUUUUUUGUAUUAAAACAGGGUUUUUGUGUUCGGCUAACAGAAAGCCGCGUCAGUUGUAUGUCAAUUCAUUUGUACCUCCCUUCUUUUGGAAAUAAAAACGGUUUUCGGUAUGAGAAUAUCCAGAAAGAGGCAAAUAUGACACUCUUUUCACGACUUCAGGUGAGCUGUGUAUCAUGUGAGAGAGAGGAUCUGCCUUGCAGGCUGCAUUUGAUUCCCGAUCUACAAUUCACACGAAAUGUCAGAUACAAUUUGAUGAUUAUUUUCGACGUACACUCACGGGCGAAUACAACCAACUGUAGUGUGAUGUUUUCGAGUUGUCUUUAUUUUUUUCUCUUCAUAUUUGAGUUGAUUACUUACUUUAAGAAACGUUCUAAAAAUCAUUCCUCUUGAGUGCCUUUGGGUGUGGCCGUGUGAUAAAAGACAGUGUUUAUUGUGCUCUAUAUAAAUCGUGGCUUGUUAUAUACUGUGAUGUCUGUUUGGACACAUCAUUGUCCAGACUGACCGAUUUUCUAAUACAUUUUAUACCAUUUGUAUAAAUCACAGCAGGUGUUUGAGAGGAAUGAUGGCUUAUUCUGAUCAUAUACAGCACAUAUCCAACUGUUUUUGGGUUUUUUUUCUUUUGUAAAUAGAAUUGAAUUUUCUUGUGUGCUGAUUUAAUGGCUGAUGAUUUUGUUUUUUUUUGUUUUUUCUUUUGGUCAGUGAAGUAGAAAUAGAGCUUGGAUAUUGUAUUAGUGCCUAAAUAUAGAGUGAAGUGGUGUUUCAAGCAAGAAGACACUGUUAUUUCACAUAAGCGUUUGGUAUGACGACAGUUUAAACAUGUGUAUUGCAUUAUAAAAGUGUUUAAUGGAGUGUCGACUUAACAGCAGCGAGCGAGUCGAGGAGUGCAAAGCUUUACCAAAUACUGACUGAAUAAACCACGUUUUAUCCUCUUUCUGUAAUUUCCUGCACAGAGGGACUGGACGAAUUGUCUUUUGAGGUUAAAUUUACAUUUUGUGCCCUUUUCAGUCCUAAAACAGAGUUUUGGUCUGGCAUUCAUUUUAGGUUGGUACAAAUCCUGUGUGAAUUCUUGAGCAGUAGCUUAUGUUUGUGAUUAAUAAAACUUACUUCUUAA